GGCGCGCAAUUGGCAAUUGCAGCCGCUGCGCCCAGCGUUGCGUUUUACAUAAAUUGCAUUUGCAUUUGAGUUAAGGCAAAAACAAUAAACAAAUACAACAAGCAAUAGACAAUAAAUUAACUAGCCCGCGCGCGCAGCUAAGCUAAGCGCAGCUCAGCGCAGUUCAGCGCGGCGCAAGUUCAGCUGCGGCACAACGUGGCGUAUGCGUAAUUUGUCAUUUAACACAUCCUCCAGAACUGACUUUUGAGCGUGCGCAGGUGUGUGUGUAUGUGGCACGUGGCGUCUUAGCUAUUAAUUAAUAGCCGCGAGAGGUAAAUUUGAGAAAAUUUGUUAUUAAAAGUGCGACUGAAAAAAAAGAAAUUGAAAUUGAAAUUGAAAUAGAAAUAGAAAUAGAAGCCAACCAGUCGUUGGUAGAUAGACGUGUUGAGCAGUUGAGCUAUUGAGCCGUUGAGCUGUUGAGCAGCCGCACAAAGCAAUUGAAAAAUGCGAUUCAUAUCGACAACAAUAACAGAAAAAGAGCAACAACUACUAGACAACGACGACUCCGCCUCCAGCAGCAGCGCCAUCACAUCCUCCGACACCUCUUCCCGCUACUGCUCCGGCUGCUGCUGCUGCUGCUCCUCGGUCCGGCAACAUGUCAAGCAUAAUUAAUUUUCGAUUCUGCCUGCGCCGCCGCCAAUUUCAGCCCGUCUCCACCAGCUCCGUCAUCGCCGCCGCCGCCGCCACCUCGUCUACGUUCCUGCAAUUGUGCUGAAAGUCAAGUCGAUUGCCUCCCGCCGCCAGCUGGAAGUCGAUUCUACGGCAAUAUUUCAAGAGCAGCUACAAAAACAAUAACAACAACAACAACUGCUACGAGGAACACAGAAACAACAACCACGACGAGAUUUGUUUUCUAGUAAUAAAAUUUGAUGCAAAUUUCUGUGAACUUGCGCCAACAAAUUGCGAAAAUGUGUUGCAAAUCUAACGCCAUGUGGAAACCUUUAACCUCAUCGAGUGGGCAACAGCAGCAACAACAACAACAACACCCAGUGGUGCCCACAGGCAACACACAAUGUCAUGGCCAAGCCCAAAGGCACAACUGCAACAGAAACAACAAGAUACAACAACAUUUUCUGGGCAGAAUUUGUGCCCUCGUCUUUUUUGUCAUGAUUGCCCUGAAUCAAAUGGACACUGCUGCAGCUGGACUACGAGAAGGCCUUUCAGGCAUUUUGGAAUCCUGCGCCAACGAGGGUGAAGAGGUGCAAAUCCAAGGCAUACAAAACUCCAAAUGCUUCAAAUGCACAUGCCAGAAUGGCUUUGUGAAAUGCGACAAGAGCUGCCCGUCAAUUGAUGAUUGCUAUUUGCUUGACUCCAAGUCCAACGACACCUGCUGUCGCAAGUGCAAAGGCUGCAUAUAUCGCGGCGUGCCCUAUGCGAGCGGCGCUGAGUGGAGCGACCCGGAUGAACCCUGCAAGACGUACAAGUGCAUCGCUAGUGUUGUCACCGAAACAACACAGAAAUGUUAUUCACAGUGCGACGAUAAUCAGUUGACAGCGCCACGCCCCGGCGAAUGCUGUCCGACAUGUCAGGGUUGCAAGAUCAAUGGCCAGACCGUUGCCGAAGGCCAAGAGGUUGUCGCCUCGAUCGACGAUCGCUGCUUGGUCUGCCAAUGCGGCGGCAACAAGUUGAGCUGUGCCAAAAAGACUUGCCCCAUACUCCAGUGCCCCAAAACGAAGCAGAAGCAGCUGCCCAACGAGUGCUGCCCACGCUGCACCGAACAACGCGAAUUUGUGGUAGUCAAAGGCAAGUGCAUAUUCAACAAUAAGCUGUACUACGACAAGACACAGUUUACGCCGGAUCGUUGCACUAAUUGCACGUGCCUGAACGGCACUUCGAUUUGUCAGCGUGCCACAUGCCCCAUACUGGAGUGUGCGCCGGAGUUCCAGGAGGAGGACGGCUGUUGUCCCCGCUGCAUUGUGGCCGAGGUGCGCAGCGAGUGCACCGCUCAAGGUGUCACCUACAUGAACAACGAAACCUGGGACAUGGGACCGUGCCGCAGUUGCCGCUGCAUUGGCGGCAACAUACGCUGCUCCGAGGUACGCUGCCCGCAGGUCAAGUGUCGCCCCAACGAGGAGCUGAAGGUGCCCCCCGGCGAGUGUUGUCCCAAGUGCCUGGAGACAGCCGGCACAUGCACCGUCUUCGGCGAUCCUCACUUCAAGACCUUCGACGGCAAAUUCUUCAGCUUCCAAGGCAGUUGCAAGUAUUUGCUGGCUGCUGAUUGCUACGGACGCAACUUUUCUAUACGCCUAACUAACGAUGGGCGUGGCACGCGGCGUUCCUCAUGGCCGAAGACGGUGACGCUCAAGCUGGGCGGACUGCGCAUUAAUCUGGGCCAAAAGCUGAGAGUCAAGGUGAAUGGCACGCGGGUCACUCUGCCCUAUGCGGACUACAGCAGCAGCAGCGAGAUUGGGCAUGGCCACAAUGUGAGUAUCGAGCGUCUGGCGGAGGGUGGCAUUAUGCUGAGAACGGAGCUGGGACUGAGCAUCGAGUGGGAUGGCAACAACUUUCUGCAGGUGUCGGUGCCGGCGAAGUACAAGCGUCAACUGUGCGGACUCUGCGGCAAUUACAAUGGCAGCGGGCGGGACGAUCUGACGAGCAGGAAUGGGCACUCGCACAGCGAUGAUGAGGUGUGGCAUUUUGCCAACUCAUGGAAGGUGGGCGGAACAAAGUCGUGCUCCAGGCUGAGGGAUAAUAUUGUGGUGCAGCCGACGUGCAACAAGCGUAAGCCCAACUUCUACUGCCGGCCACUGCGCAUCUCGGAAGUAUUUGGAAACUGUGAUAGUAGACUUAAUCCCAAGAACUACAUCGACUCCUGCCGCAUGGACGUCUGCGAAUGCCCCACGGGCAGCUGCCACUGCGACAGCUUUGCUGCCUAUGCCCACGAGUGCCGACGCCUCGGCGUCCAGCUGCCCGACUGGCGUGCUGCGACCAAUUGCCCAAUGGGCAGCUGGCGUCGCAACGCCACCGACGCCAACUAUCGGGGCAAUAGCUUCUACGGAGAUCCUAGUUUGCUGAAGGGAGGCGGAGGUGCGGGCGGUGCAUAUAAGGCACGACGCCGCAAGCAGCAGCAGCACGAGCUGCAGCUGCAGCAUCAGCGACGCCAGCAGAACGAGCUGCAGGAAAAUGAAUACAUCAAGAAACAUGUACCCAAUAAAUUUUUAAGGCCGCGUGCGCCGGCUCGCACGCCGCCGCCAAUACACUAAGCACUGAGCAUGGAUUUAAUUAUAAUUUAGUUGCUACACAUACACAUACACACACGCACACACAAAUAUUCUCACGCAGGCUAAAACAAAAUCGGAAAAAUUUACUUCAAAUGCCAAUGACGCACGCUGCACCAAAAUUAAAUCUAAAUAAAAAGCUUUCGCCCCGAGCUCUCAAAGUGCUUUGAGCCGGAUUUGAAAAGAGAUCGCCUUUUCGUUAUGCCAGCCAAGCUUAAGCUGUCUUUCAAGGUUUGCAGCCAGUUCGUCAUUGGCCAGUUCGGCAGCAUGGUUAUAAGAAAAGUUCCAGAUACGAAGUUUGAUUUGUAUGUACUUGUAGUUGAAUUGCGUAUACGCACCCA